AUGUCUCGUCAGAACGAUUCUGCGAUGGAUAUCGAUCAUGCCACUGAUCAAUCGAAGGAUGCUCGUAUGAAUGAAUCUUCAAACAUCACUCACAACCCCAUUCCACCGAUCCUGGGUUCUAAGAUAACAUACCAGGACGUCAUUAUAAUUCGCCGCACCGGCUUCCUCGGCUCGCUUCUAACAGUCAAACUUCGUGAAUCUCGCAACGACGACAACAACAAGUCGCGCUCACCUUUCAAGUCAGUAAAUUGGGUGUUGCUCAGUGACAUCUUCGGGGACUCCUAUCGGGAACCCGAGCCCAACGACUUGAUCAUGCCAGCCUUUCAGGAGAAUAAAGACAUCAUUCUUCGCGCCUACAGCUACUUGAUAGCCAAGAAGAACCGCAUGUACCUGGAGUUUCGAAGGGAACACACCAAUGGCGUAUUUGAGACCAAUGAGCCUGCGCGAUUCGAGAGCCGCUAUGAGAAUGGUGUGUUCAUGACUAGAGCAGCUCGUGCGGCGCUCAAGCCGAGACGUCAACGCCUCAUGAUGAAACGCUUGCGACAUCUCAUCAUGGAAGAUGUCAGUGGCAUUCUCUUGCUCGCGAACUAUCACCCCAUUUCCAGCGAACUCGAACUCUAUCACCCGGAAUCGGAAGGUCUUUACAAGGGAAAUGUCACCGAGAAUGACAUUGUUCUCUGGGAAUCCGAAGAGGCAUUGAAUACCUUUUACGAAUGGAUUAAGUUCUUUGAUGACAUUGGACCUAAGUUUCUGCGAGUUUAUCUCCCAAUGGUUAAGAAGACCAAGCGCGUAGCAGAUCACGAGCACACCGGUCCCGAUAAGAAGAGGGAACGAGCUGACACAGAAGCUCAAGAUGAGGACGAACCUAUGAUGGACAUUGAUCAUGAGUAA